CCUCCAAUACUUUCAUAAUUCAGUUUGAUUUCAGAUUUUCAUUGAGAGUGACUGUUUUACGAGCAGUGUGUUAUAAGAUUUGUGACUUGAAUGAAGUCGCGCCCAAUGUGAAGUUAUUGUAAAAGAUACCUGAAAGAAAGAAAUGUGUACUCGUCCACUAUUAUAAGUCAAGAUAAAUAAUAACCGAAAUUUAAGCCGUUCAUUGAAUUUGUUCGAUCACUGGAAAUCUAAAGUUUUUCUAAUAAAUUAAAUAUUUUUGAAAACAAAUAAUUGUAAACGGUUGAGUUGUUGUGAUUGAAAGUGAAAGCAUUUAAUCGAUUUUCUUUUUGGUGAAUUUGGAUUGUCAACAGAAAAGGCCUUGAAAGUUCAUUCAAGGCAAGAGGAAACAUAAUAAGAUAAUAACCAAAACGCAAGUUGGAUUUGAAAUCAGCAUGAAUAAUUCGAGCAUUUUGGAAUUACAAACUUGGUUGAUUUACCAACGCGUUGCCAUUGAUUGCGCUGGCUGUUUGUAGAAAAAUUGAAUUUUGUUUCUUAAUUUGGUUAAGUUCAAUUUGGCACUUCACUUAUAAUUUUACUUUUAAUUUGUAACCUACACAGAUGAUCAAUCAAGUCAUGACAGAUAAUGCUUUCAAGGCACGUGACAUCGGCUUACGGGCACAGAAGAAGAUCCUAUCCCGCAUGGCCACCAAAAGUAUUGCAAAAACCUUCAUCGACGGAACAACGGCAUCACUAUUGGACAACGUUUAUCGGCUAGCUAAAAUACACACUGGAAAUAAAAAAGAAGCCGAACGUCUAGUCAAAAAUAUCAUCAAAAUUGUAAUCAAAAUUGGUAUACUUCAUCGGAACAAUCAAUUUAAUGCUGACGAAACCAAUGCUGCAGAACGAUUUCGACAAAAAUUUCAGACCACCCAGAUGGCCAUAAUAUCAUUCUAUGAAGUUGAUUUCAGUUUCGACCUACCUUAUUUACAAAAAUCAUUGGCCGAAUCACAUGCCACACUACAGAGCAUCGUUCAGAAUCAUUUAACCGACAAAUCGUUGGCUCGAAUCGAUGAAGUGUUUGAGUUUUUCAGCGACGGACAUUUUCUGGACACAUGCUUCCGGUCCGAUUCGCCGUAUAAGGAGUUAAUGGGGAAAAUUGUGGCUGACUUGAAUAAGGCCAUGGACAGUGGUGACCUAUAAAAUGGUCGAAUUGUGUGAUUGGGGUCCCAUUUAGAAAGGGAUUCUUUUGGGGACGGGAGGGAUGAAUUGAGACAAUUUUAUGUUUAAGAAAGUGUGAAAGGUUUAAGCAAAAUUUUUGGUAUAAGGAAAGAAGACCUUAGUCGUCAAUAUGUCCGGUCAAUUAAAGAAUAAUUUUUUGUUGUAAGUGUUUAAAUGUGUUAAAUGGAUAAAAUGGAUAAAUGUUGAAUGUUGUCUAACUCUGUGAUUUUUGUUUAAUUUAUUUUUACUGUGUAAAUUCACUAAAUUAUGCGAUUUAAUUUAAGGAUUUCUUAAUUUGUUGUAGACUAAUUGAAACAAUUUCAUUUGACUUUGUCAUUUCUUCGACGAUUCGUAUAAAUUGCAUUAUUAGUAUAAAAUAAAAUCCAAAUAAAUGGUAACAGUGGUAUAACAAUAAUCAUAUAAGAUGUUCAGUAUAAAAUUCUUGCCCCAAAUAUUAUAGCAAGCGUAUCGCAAUAUAAUCAUGAAAUGUGUUACUUACCUCGCCCGAUUACUCUGUCUUCAAGUGUAUCGUUCCAAUCCUUUAAGUCCUCUACUUCACUCACCACUUAUUUGUGUCGUUGUUGCGUAUGCCCUUUCUAAAAGGUUAAAUCGGAAACUAUGGCUUUAAUUUGUAGUGAACCGAUCCGGUAAAGCCACCCAGUGAAAUGACCGUUUAAAGAGGACUGCACCAUUUCAACAUUGUUUCA